AUGGCCAAGGACCAACGCGACACAGCAGACGUCUUAACCGCUCUGCUAAGUUUCUGUCGUAGCGGCACAGGGAAAGUAGAACACCGUGAGGACAACUUGAAUCGGUUCUUCUGUGACAUCACCGAGUUUUUCAUGGCCCACGUGGAUAAGAAGGAACUGGCCAUGCGCAUAAGCAACCAUAUAGCUAGCCAAGUUGAAGCAAACAACCCAGUGGACGACAGAACACUGGAGCAAAUUAAAAUUUUAAUUCUUUUUUUAAAUUCGCUAUAUGAAAAAUACUUCAGCAGAGAGUUCCUCAAGAUUGACAUAUCUUGGAUAGUCCACCUGAUCAAAUCAGACGGGUUCUUCACGAACCCGAUUUUAUUUAAAUUCUUGGCAGAUGUGCUCGUCUUAACGUUUGAAACGAGAGAAGCACGAGGCACGAACGGCACUCUGCAACUCCUGCUCCUUUUGCUAAGGGGCAUAAAGGGGAGGGUGGAGACACACCUUAGAGAGAACAAAGAAACGUUACUUUUUUACAGAAAGGUGCAACGGUGGUUUGGGUCGGGCAGUGGGUUCGUCAGUGACUCGGCGAGUGGGUUUGUCAAUGAAUCCGCGAGUGGGCUCGUGAGUAGAAUUGAAGAGGCAGACAAGGGGGAUGCAUCAGACAAGGCGCCGCGUGUGGGGGGCCUCCCCUAUGAUGUGCUCCUGCACGGUGAGGAAUUCCAUUUCAGGGCUCUGUGCCACUUGUUCGCGUUGGUGACGGAGAAGCUGGGGAGGAAGGUCACGGAGGGGGAUACGGCAGAGGGGAGUGUGGCGGCGGCCAGCCCAGACGUAGAACGCACCAGGCAGGCCCGCCACCGGGGACGCUCCAAACAGAGAGGACAAGGCAGAAGCGGCGAAAAGGGCCAAAUCGGUCAGAACGAUCAAAACGGAGAACCCUCGGAACGAACCGCUAUAUGGCGGCUCCUCCAAGUGAAGUCCAUCGCGAGGGACAUUUUGCAUCUCCUCCCCUUUGUGAGCAACCCCCAGAUGCGCGAUGUGAUAAUAAAGGAUCUCUGCAAUACGGCGAAGGAGUACCUGUUCAGUAGGUCCGAGAUGGAGGAAGUAUGCCUGGAGGUGACGCAGCGGAUGUUUUUUUGUGUCAGCCACGGCGCGGAAGUGGAACUAGACUCACUAAAUGAGGCAGACGUGGAGGGAGGCGCAGACGUGGUGGAAAGGACACGGGCGACUGCCCGCGAAGCCACACCCAUGAUCAGCACCUACCUCGCCCACAACGCAAACUGCUACACCAAAGAAUGGAGGGAGACGGAUGUCCAGCUUCUAAGCGAUGUGUAUACUUACCAAGUGCUCUACAUGGAUUAUCUGUACGAUGGUAAAUUUUUAACAGAGGCCAAUUUGGACGAUGUGCGUUUUUUCUUGCUGCUCCAUAACAGGGCAUACACGAGUGAAGAAAUCGUGAAGAAGGUGAUAUACCUGUUUGAUGGCAUCGUAAAUGGGAUAGAAAGAAUUCCUCACAGGAAGGAAAGGGGGAAGCUCCACCAGAGGGGGCAAUUUGGCGAAGUCUGGGAUUUGUACACGUGCAUCUUAAGGUGCAUGCAAAAUUUCUCUGUCCAUUUGUUAAAGGAGAACUGGCACAAGAUGGUUAGCCUGUUGCGGGUCGUCAGUUCGAUUAGGAGGAAGUACGAGGCGAAGAGGAAGGGAGAGUGGAAGGGAAUUCCGUCGGAAAAUGGAUCCUCAAAGGGGUCGUCCAAGGAGCCGUCAAAGGUCUUAUCGAUCCUGCCGGACGAAUGGCAUGGCAGCUCAGCAAGUAUUCAACGCAGCUUGCGUGCAGGUGAAGGGACCAUUCGAGGGAUCACCACAGCCCGUACGCCUACACCCUUUGACGAUCUGGACUUUUACAUUUUUCAGUGCUGUGCGAGGAGAGACGUGGAGAAAGGACAAAUAAGAUUUUUUCAUCUGUCGGAUUUUUUGAUUCUCCGUCAGGCGGAGCUUCUCAUUUGGUUGCUGCUUCGGCAUAGCAACAUGACGGUGACUCGAUUUGCGCUUUUCCAGCUGGUGAGUCGAGGCGACAUGGGGAGGGAAGGACUGGGGUGCAGGGGGGGAGAAGUAGUGGUAGGAGUAGCCUCCUCUUCUGCUGCCCCUCUUGGAGGAACCCCCGCUAGAGGGACAAUCUCACCGGAUGGGUCACUCGACGUGGAGAUCCUCCUUGACUGCAUGAGCGACACGUUCCUCUUCCACAUCUUCUUUGACGAGUGCAUAAGGCCAACGCUGUUCAUUAAAGGAGACAUUCCGUUUUAUGAGUUCCGCCUGAAGAACCUCAUCGUGUCGAAAGUGCUGAAGAGGAAGAACCCCCUUUUAAUGGCUAAGUAUUUUCUGGUUGGCCUGCAAGGCAUUCGUUUUUUUCACGUCAAUAUGCGCGUGGUGUUGGAGGGACUGCUCGAGGCACUGCGCCUCCUGGGGGGGGGCAGCCCCCAACAGACAGAUUCGAACUGGGGCUUGAAUUGCGUCUCGAACUGCGCCUUGGAGUGCUGCUCGAAGGACGAUCUGCACGAGAUCCUCGUGAGCAUUGUCAAAAAUGUGAAGAACAUCCCCGUGAGUAGACGAAGUGAUACCCUGACGUUGCUGUUCGAGACCGCCAUCAAAAUGAAUCACCACGUGAGUAUAUUCAGGAGCGUCAAAACAUAUUGCAUCUUUUUGGACACAUUCGAAGAUGAAUUUUUUUGCAAAAAUAUGAAGCUCUUUUACUGCUUGCUGAAGUUAAAUAUGGAUUGCAUGACGGAACCAGGUGGGGGGAACAUUCCCCAAGAGGGAGCAGCUUUCAUUUCGAUGAAGAAUCCAACCAGUGAUAUUUUCCUAAGUCAUUUUAUUGGUCAUUUUAACGGUGUCUUUCUGUCCAAUCAGCAUGUGUACUUUGGGGGAUACCUGCGUCUUUUUAUUUUGCUGGCAAGAAAUACACAUCUGAAGAAUGGCAGCCUCGUCCUGAUGUGUCCAAAUGGAGAACAGAUAAACGAACUAGUGAAUCGAUUCCUUUUUUAUGUGCUCAAGUAUGGGGUAGGCAGCCUGUUUGAUGAAGCCAGUUUGGACAUUGUAAUGAGGGAGCUUCUUGCGAGGACUGGAAGGUACCUCCUCAGUGAAGGGGUGGACUCUCCGUGUGAAUGGGAUGGAGAGAAGGAGCAGCAUCCGCAUGAGAACACGCAGCAGGAGGACAUCCCCCUGAAGGAGCUCCUCCCGUUUGUGGAUGCCCUUGAGUAUGUACUGCCCAACAGCAUCAACACGUGCACAGAGUGUAUUGAUUAUUACCAUCGAGACGAAGAUAUUGAAAUGGAUAGAGGGGCAUCGUCCAUUAACAAACUGCACAGUGGAACAAUGAAGCAGAAGGGACACUUUCCCCUUCCGAGCAACCACAAAUUGGUGCAGCCAAAAGGUCGCUUCCACCUCGAAACAAGGGCACUACACGACCAGUGUGUCCAGUACGUCGUAAAUUUUGCCGAAAAGGCAACUCAGGAAGAUGCCACUAAAAUCAUUUUAGCCGUCUCCUUCUUAGCGAACACCUGUGGGCUGUUCUCGCCCCCAGUGGAAGCAGUCCCGAGCGAGAUGAUCAUCCAUCUGCAGCUGGACCAAACGAGUCGCGGGGUAUCCACAGCGGGGAAGAGCGAAGGGAAGGAGAGGAACAAAGACGGAAGUGAAAAACGCUACGGGAACAAACACUGCGAAGUGUUUAAUUACUACAAGUACAAAUAUGCCUACAAGAGCAUAUGCAGGACGCCUGUACAGAUUGCUUGCGUCUUCGGGGGGCACGUCCUCCCCUUCGCGGAGAAAGUUAUUAGUGACAUCGAGUUGUGCAAGGGAGAGCUCGUGUAUGUAUAUAUGAUCAUCAGGCGGUUCGUCAUCCCGGCCGUUUUUGGAGAUACCGCCACUGGAAGGGAUUACACCUUUAGGGGGGACCACACCAUUUUGGGAAACGACCCUGGGGGUGGCUUCCCCAUAGAAACAGACGAAAGGACAUACAUCCUAACCCUACUGUUGAAGCAAAGCGAUAUUCUGAUUGAUCGGUGUUGCGCGUGUAAAUACCCGGCUCGCAUUUUGGAGCUGCUGUUCAUAACGCUAUUCCACCCGCUUAUUGUUAAGCACGACAUGGCUUUGCAUGCAGAGCUGGUGGGGAGGCGUGGCGAAGGAGCAGCGAGGGGAAGCGACACAGAACGUAACAGUGACGACUAUGGCGCAAAAUGUAGAGACCCUACCACUAACCAAGACAACUGGGCUGCCCAUCAAACGGGCGAGGGGCCCCCCUUUCUCCUCCUGAACUAUAUACAGAAAAUUCUGCAGUAUGGACAGACGAAGCUCUCCAUAGUAAGAAGCGCUGUGAUCCCUUUCCUCUCGUCAUUCAUUUUUUCACUUAUCCAAAAUGAGGACAUGAUCCAAGUGAGCAGCGAUUACCUCGACAAAUUUGUCCAAGUCAUUGUCGACAUUUUAAUCUGCAAAGAAUUCGUUUUAGUUGAUUCAAAAAGGAGCUUUGUAAACGAUCACUACAAGAUGAAGAGGGGGAACAUCCUUCUCCACCACUUCCUGAAUGAACAAAUAUGUUUUUAUUUUCUGUCCAGAUAUGAAAACAACCAGGAGGUUCUUCUUCCGGAAGACCUUUACCGCGUACGACACAUGCCGAUCUUCCUCCGGCUGCUGGCCCUCAUGUUCCUCAUCAACUUGUUUCGCUUGCUCGAGGGGCGCUGCCUCGCCCGCCCAGAUGGAGGCGGCGGUGGCGGUAAAAGCGGUGAGGUGCACACGAGGGCCACGCUGCAGAGGCAGGAGCGGAGGACCCUCGUUCGGAGGCUGUACGCGCGCCUGCUUCUUCAAAUUAUGAAUCGAAUAAGCAACAAGAACGUCACGUCGUCUGGAGCAGUUCCAACGGGGGUCCACCCGUCCUCGACGCCUUCGGCCCCCCCACUACCAUCCUCCAGCGGACACAACACCCAGCUGAGGGGACUACAAGCCCUGUGCUGCCUGGCAAAAUACUUCAAAUAUUUAAAGAAGACACAAAGGAAGCUGCUCAUUUCAAAGGUGAACCAACUUCUUCACGACGAUCACUUAAGUAACACACGUCAGUAUUUGGAGCUAUUCUGUCUCGCCGUUAGUUCCUCUUCCUUUGUUUUGCUGUAUCCACAUUUAAGGAGAAACCUAGCGGAUGGAAACACAAACACGCAGCUAAUCGUCAGCACACUCAUCAUAUGUUCAUAUAUUUUACUCAAGACAAAGUUCAGUUACUACUCCUUUGAGGAAUUGCAUGUCAGUCCGUCCUUCGCUCGUGUGUGUCUUUCGAGUGUCAAAUUUCGGAUGAGCCCAGUGGCAGCUGCACAGAUGGAGGCUCCCCACCUGGGGAUGAAGAACAAAAAGAAGAGACGCUCUAAGGAGGACACGAGACAAAUCAAACGAAUCAUCAACAGCAUCGUUAAGAAGAACCUAAAUGAUAAGGACAAAAUUGUGCAGGAUGUCCAAAGGUGUAAGCGGAAGUUGGCACAGCUGGGCAGGCACACGGGGGGGAACCAAACAGGGGUGGGGAAGUCUCACCAUGGGGGAAGAAAAACAGAACAGAGGACUACCUAUGGAGGAAAACAAACAGAACAGAGGACACCCCAUAGGAGAAAAGAAACCGAACGGCGAACUCCUCAUGCGGGAAAACUAUCCGGACAGAGGACUCCCCAUGGGAAGAGGAUAGCCCCCCCGCGACGCAGCUACUUCUUCUCCGAGUACAUCCGCAAAUGCCUCGUCGCGCUGAUAACUCGAAUUGUGGCUCUCUGCUCUUCCCAUGCGGCGCUGGUGAGGAGCAUCGCCCAGUACACUUUCUACUACUUCGUAAAGGGGAGGAAAGAAAUUUUAGUCGACCCAUUUUUCAAAUGCACAUACUCGUAUAUUAAACACAAUAAGGAUUGCAAACGGAUCCGCAAAAAGAUGAAGGAGCAGUUUCGCCAUUGGACCCCAACACCCUUUGACGAUAUCCGGAUUCUGCUACCUGCGUGCAACUACUCCUACAAUUACUUCGACGACGAUUUUAAUGAGGAGAGCACACAGACGUUUGCUCAUGUGCUUAGGAAUUACGAGUUGGUCGCUUCGUAUAGCUUCAUCCACACGGUGAGGAGGGCGGUGCAGCAGGAGAUGUCUUCCAUCAUGUUUAACGUGGACUUGGAGCGCCAGCGCAGGGAGGCACAGUUGGGAGGGGCGGCCUAUGGCGAAGCACAUUACGACGAGAAGACUUGCCGCGAAGCAGCCUACGCUGUGACCCCCAUGGAAGCUAUACCCCACAGAAACCAGAACAACUACCAGAAGAAAUUCGACCCAAUCAGUGACAUCAUUCAAGUAAACAAUGAAUUUAGAAGGACCUAUCACCAGCUAGCCAAAACGAAGACAAACAAAAAAUUAAUCGUCGUAGCAUCUCUGAUUGAUAAAAUCCCAAACUUAGCUGGGCUCUGUAGAACAUGUGAGAUUUUCAAAGCGCAGAAGUUGAUUCUUCAUAAUGCCAAUAUUGUGAAGGAUUUUCAAUUUCAGAAAAUCUCUUCCACAGCAAAUAAGUGGAUGAAAAUAGGGGAGGUGAAAAAGGGUGACUUGCUGAAGUACUUAAUGGAUAAGAAGAAGAAGUAUGCCAUUGUGGGUUUGGAGCAGACCAAGUGUAGUGUCCCCCUGAAUAGGUUUUCCUUCCCCGAGAAGACGAUUUUAAUUUUGGGCGACGAGAAGGAGGGCUUGCCUUCGUCCGUUCUACUCUUUCUUGACCACUGCAUUGAAAUCCCCGGCAAGGGCAUCAUUCGCUCGUUAAACGUCCACGUCUCCGCGGCGAUAACCAUUUAUGAGUAUUUUAAGCAGCACCUGUUGUGA